GAGAGGAGGCGUAUGAUAGAGGCGGAGAGGACGGCACGCCUGCACGAGAUGCAGGAGAGAAGGAAGCUGAGGCAUGCUAAGAUUGAGCAGCAGCAGCAGGAGAAGGAGAAGGAGAGACAGGACGCGGCGAGGGAGAAGGCUAGGGACCGUGAGCAGAGGCUGUCCGCACUGAGUGCAGCCCAGCAGGCUAACAUGGAGGAACUCCAGAAGAAGAUACAGCAGAAGAUUUCUUCUGAGGUUCAUCUGAUGAGUCAUCUUAGAGGCGUAAAACAUCAGAACGCAGUGAGGGAGAAGGCUGGCAAGGACGUCAUGAACACACAAGAAAUGGAAUUGUACAACCUGAGGAACAUUGUGGAUGCCCCGCCGGACAGGGAGACAGCUGAGGUGGCCAUCGACAAGGAGAGGCAGAGGAAUCUGAAGAAGAAACGGCUGAAGAAGAUGCGGCAGAGGAUGGUGACUAGGGGCUCUGAGUACGAAAGCUCUCAAGCUACGAAGAUUCAUCAGUCAGCCGAAACACCAAACAAGAACAAGAUUGUGAAGCUGACUAAGGACCUGCAUAAAUACCUGCACGCGCAGGGCACGGGGCCGUGGUCAACCACACGCGUUGCCGCCCUUGACCGCUGCCUCCUCGAGCUCACCCGCAUCCUAGAGAGGAAG